UCCAAGUCGUCCCCCAGCAAGCGUGGCCCUAUCUUUCUCGUCGCCUUCUUUUCUUGCUUCUGCCCCGUCCUGCUGCUUUUUCCUCGCCUGCUGCCGCCCAAGCACUGCGAACAGACGACUACGCACGCACCUACGCUCAUUGACUUCUUCUACGCUCGCGCCAAAGAUCGCCAGUGCAGGGGUGCAUUCAAGGGUCCCCAUACGCUACCACGGCUCCACUACUAUUUACUUUGUCCCUCCCGCUCGCCUCGGCCGCCGUUGCAACCCAUCCACCGCCCUCUCUCUCUCUUGCUCUGCUCUGCUCUGUUGCCUCCUGCCCUGCCCUGCCCAGCUCAGCUUUUCACAAUCCUCCAGUCACCAGCAGACCAGCCCAGACCAACCGCAGCAAUGUCCAACUACUCGCAGCAAUCGUACGGUGCCCAAACCCGGCCUGCCUUCUCUGCCCUCCAGCCGUCCACCAAUGCCUCCCCAAGUUACAACAGUGCUGCUGCCUCCAGCAUUGCCUCGCGAUCCUCGACGGCCUCUGCGCCCCCUGUCUCGCCCUCGACGAGUCCCCAGAACCAAGCCUACUUUGGCUCCCUGAACCAGCAGUCGCAGCAGCAGCAACAGCCUCAGCAGCAACAGCGUCUACAGGCCCAACGACACCCCAGUUUCGAGUACCAGCCCAAUAGAUCAGGGGCAGGCCACACCGCAGCUGAGACGACAAACUAUCUCAACCAGGCUGCGCUGCUCGCCGAGGCUGCAAAACGGGCACAAUUGGCUUGCGUCAUGCGAGAUCUCGACGGCAUGGAGCUGUGAGCAGGAAGAGAAGACAGCUGUGAAUCACCAAGACCAACACGGGCGAUACAUUGCUAUCCUCGACUUUGGUGCAGCACUU